UUCUUCUUUCCGGAGCUGGCCUGCUCUGAGGGCAAUCCUUUCCUAUCAGAAACAGGUAUCAGCAGCACAGAAUGUACGAAGAGACGUCGUGCGGUGAGGUGUGUGACAAUGGAGGAGCUGGGGACAGCCAGAUCCACUGAGCAGUUGCAGAAUGAAGAAGAGCCCGGGGAACCUGAACAGGUUGUAGGUGAUGCCCCUCCACCUUAUAGCAGCAUCUCUGCAGAGAGUGCAGCAUAUUUUGACUACAAAGAUGAGUCUGGGUUUCCAAAGCCUCCAUCUUAUAAUGUGGCUACAACACUGCCCAGUUAUGAUGAAGCUGAGAGAACCAAGGCUGAAGCUACCAUUCCUUUGGUUCCUGGAAGAGAUGAGGAUUUUGUGGGUCGGGAUGAUUUUGAUGAUGCUGACCAGCUGAGGAUAGGAAAUGAUGGGAUUUUCAUGUUAACUUUUUUCAUGGCAUUCCUCUUCAACUGGAUUGGAUUUUUCCUGUCUUUUUGCCUGACCACCUCAGCUGCAGGAAGGUAUGGAGCCAUCUCAGGAUUCGGUCUCUCUCUAAUUAAGUGGAUCCUGAUUGUCAGGUUUUCCACCUAUUUUCCUGGAUAUUUUGAUGGUCAGUACUGGCUCUGGUGGGUGUUCCUGGUUUUAGGCUUUCUCCUGUUUCUCAGAGGAUUUAUCAAUUAUGCAAAAGUUCGGAAGAUGCCAGAAACUUUCUCAAAUCUCCCUCGGACCAGAGUUCUCUUUAUUUAUUAAAGAUGUUUUCUGGCAAAGGCCUUCCUGCACUUAUGAAUUCCCUCUCAAGAAGCAAGUGAACACCUGCAGGAAGUGAAUCAAGAUGCGGAACAGAGGAGCAAUCACCUGCUUUAAAAAAUAAAGUACUGUUGAAAAAGAUCAUUUCUCUCUAUUUGUUCCUAGGUGUAAAAUUUUAAUAGUUAAUGCAGAAUUCUGUAAUCAUUGAAUCAUUAGUGGUUAAUGUUUGAAAACACUCUUGCAAUCAAGUCUGUGAUGUAUUAAUAAUGCCUUAUGUAUUGUUUGUAGUCAUUUUAAAUAGCAUGAGCCAUGUCCCUGUAGUCAGUAGGGGGCAACCUUGCUUUACUCACUCUUCAUCUCCAAAAAAAAAAAAAUGAAUUUGGAAUUAAAGAUUUUAGUGUAAGAUAAAAGGAUGGUUAUUUUAAAGGGGUUUUCUCAAAGUUAAGAACUUUUAUUAUGACUGCAUAUCUGUUCAUAAUCCAUAUUUGCUGUUAAAAUUAAUCUAGAAAUUGAUUCAGUUGUACUGUGUGUGAACACC